AUGUCUGCGAGCGCGUCCGACAUCAUCACCUACAUCGGUGUACCCCUCGCCGUACUCGGCGUCAUGCCGAUCAUAUACACCUGCAUCCGCGCACUUCUCGUUCUGCGAUCCAUCCGUCUCGCCCUGGCGCGAAACGGUCACUCUGACUCCGCCGUCACCAGAGGCAGCAUGAUGUCCGGCGUCGUCGAGGUAGAGCUACCCCGAUGCACAAUAACUCCUCUGGACCGCGACCUUGAUCCCGAGUACUGGCAGCUCAACCCAGCCCGAUCGUCCCUCAAGGGCGGCACCUGGUCGUUUUUCCACUGGAAUCGCCUGGUCACGGGUAAAAGGUUGUAUCGGAUUCAAUACAAGGAUGAGCUGCGCGUUCCCCAGGCGGAGAUUGAGUUUCAUGAAUUGGUUUCGUUCUUGUUGGAUCGCGGGGCGGUACCGGAUGAGAAUGGUUGGAGUAUGCUAAGGACGAGUGGGCUGUGGACGCCGACAGGGACGGUUUUGAUGCGCCCGCCGCAGGGUAAAUUCGGGGGUGUGCUACGCGUUGGAGUGCCGGACGAUUCCGACGGGGUGUUGAGUUUGAAAAUGCAUUGGAGCAGUGACUGGGAUACGCGAAGUAAAGAAUGUUUGCCGCCCUUCUGGAUGAGGAUUCAUCAGCCGGGGUUGGCCUCUACUACAUGUGCGAAUCUGGAUAACGAGAGUUACAAAUCUAGUGACUGCAUUAUCAAGAUAGACGAAGAAUCCUCGAGUGAACCCGAUGAUAGCAAACGGAAAGCUACGGACGAAAAGCCCGCCUCAACGGGGGAGAAAGGGCAAAUUGAAAGCACAGAGCCAACAGAAGGUGAAGGCAAGGAUACAGAUGCUGUCUCAACAACGCCAUCCCUUCUCGUUCUGAUUGAAGAAAAGCGGGUUGCGCUGCAUGGUGAAGCAAACCGCAGCGAUAGCAUCAGAUUCUGUCUAGAAGGGGACACAAUUGACCGUGUUUUCUUUGAGCACUCCAACACCCAUACCGGUAGGGUUCGAGAGAUCAGUAAUUUGGGCGAAAUUGUCGUACAGUGGUUCGUCUACAUCGCCUCGUCCUUAGCACAUGUCGAGAAAACCGGCGCGUGGAACUUCGCCUUGCCCUCUGACGUUGUUCAGUCCACGCAACGAGACGCUGUGCCAUGUGGUGUCAUGGAGAUACUGGGAAUCAUGCAGGAACACGAGGUCCCUCAUUGGCCGAGGCCAAAGCCAAACUUUAACGAUCCGUGGAAGACGCACCGACGAUUCAUGGAGAACCAUCAUCAAAUGCAACUUGAGAGAUCAAUGCCACCGGCGCAAGCCGAAGCGUCGCGGAGAGCGAGAGAGCAGGCUACAAUGUGGAAUAUGCAGGACGAUUAUCGAGAGAGUCAAAGGCUAAAACGAGAGUAUGAGGAGAAGCGCGUGACGGAGGUUGUGAAUUCACCUAGGCUCAGCAAUAAAAUUGUUGCAAAGGCCUGUGUAUCAUGGCUGAUCGCUCAGAAGGAUAUUCCGAACAGUUACAAAAUAACGGACGUAGUCCGCGCUGCUUUGUAUCUUAUGGCCUUGGAUAAGCGGUUUGAAUACCUCGGAUAUCACAGAGCUGCAGCAGAAUAA